AAAAUCAAGCAAACGAUAGCCACAGAGCUUUCCGACCCUUGUAGUUCAUAUAUUUAACAAAAAAGUGUUCAGAAAAUGUUUACCUCUUCAGUAAACUUCUUUUUGCUCCUCUUGUCACUGGCAACAUUGACAAUGACCUUUCCAAUCCUGGAGAAGCAGCAGCUCUCAGACGCUGAGCCUCAUCGAGACGUGGUCCUCAGAGAGUCAGGGGAUCCCCAGCCAAGGCUAAAACCAUACGUUCUCUCUCUCUUUGAGUCUUUCGCAGCUAAUGCUAAAGAGCAACCUGAUCGACACCGCUACAAUACUCUAAGGUCGUUUGAAAUUACCAAGGCUCAAGGUUGCAAAGAUUCUAAGUACACCUUUACCUUUAACAUGUCCUCAAUACCUAAGGAAGAAGACAUCUCAAAGGCAAUAUUCAGAGUUUACGUAAAUAUUUCCACUUCUUUCUCUUCAUCACAAGGUAGUGCCCAAUUAACUCUCACCUCAAACAAUUCUAAUAUCAAUAAAAAAAACAUCACAACCAAUGAAUCGCAGUUUGUUGAUUUCCCAGUUCAGCUGCAUAUACACGACUGGCUGAAGAACGGGCAGUUAAAGUACCUUGUUAACUUGGGUAUUACAAUCGAAGCUAAUGGGCCAUUGGAAUGCAGCAGCAAAGAUAUGGGCAUUGUCUUUGAUGAUGCAAAUGAUUCCACACAACCAACUCUCGUUGUCUAUUCUUUUGAUCACGAUGAAGAUAGACUCUUAGAGAAACUAAACAAAGCAAUCAGCGAGAAAAUGAACAGUUCAGAGAGCACAGCUGAUGCUGAUAGAACCAGACGAUCCGCCGGCAAAACAGUUUCAAAAGGAGAUUCCGAAGAGUGUAGUAAAUCAAGCCUUUCAAUCGAUAAAGGACAGUUGGCGCAAAUAUUAGACAUAGAGAUUGACUUCCCUGAAACCUUUGACCUCAACGUGUGUGGUGGACAUUGCCCAGGAUCUAAAUACAUUAACCAGUUCCAUUCUAAGAUAACAUACCUCUUACUGGCCACUUCCGAAGUUGAGCAUCUCGCAAACAAACACCUUUACUCCAAAACCUGCGUUCCUACAAAAUAUCAUUCACUCAACUAUAUAAAAUUUGAUCAAAAUGGUAGCGUCAUAAAAACUCUCGAUCAGUUCAGCGUGGCGGAAUGCAGCUGUGUAUACUCUUACUCGGAUUAGAUGGUGUGAGAGGGCCCUACUCUCUCUCUCUCUCUCUCUCUCAUCAGACAAUGUUUGGCCCAUAUGGUUUUAUCAGACCUAAAUUUCUUUGUUUCUUUUUCUCUCCUUGCCAACCAAAAAACAAUACAUGUAUAAAGUUAACUAGAUAUGCAUUGUA